CGCUGCUCCGCGCGGUAGUCCGGGGCGUGCAGUGCAGCACCGCGGCGGGUCCGGUGUGCGACUCCGGCAGUGGCCGCCGCGUCUGCGGAGGCUAUGGGGACGCGCGCUUUUCCUGCGUGCGCACCCGGCGGCGGCCCGGCGCGCCCUGUCCCGCUGCCGUAGGGAGCGGCCGUGGCGUGAUCGAUCACUCGCUGACGACCCCCGGGACCCACUCGUCUCGGCCCUCUGCGUCGCUGUGCGGCUCCCAGGGAGAGCCCGGAGCGUGGAAGAGGAGCUGUGCCCCCUGAGCGUGCCCGGGAGCAUGGGGAGGUCGGCGGCGGCAGGAGGCGGCGGUGCAGGGGCGCGCCGGUGGCUCCAGUGGCUGGGGCUCUGCUUCUGGGCGGCGGGGGCUGCGGCUGCCCGAGGAGCCGACAGUGGUGAAGCCCUUCCCGAUUCCAUCCCAUCGGCUCCAGGGACGCUGCCCCAUUUCAUAGAAGAGCCAGAUGAUGCUUACAUCAUCAAGAGCAACCCGAUUGCGCUCAGGUGCAAGGCCAGGCCGGCCAUGCAGAUAUUCUUCAAAUGCAACGGCGAGUGGGUUCACCAGAACGAGCAUGUCUCGGAGGAGAGUCUGGACGAGAGCUCAGGCUUGAAGGUUCGGGAGGUGUUCAUCAACGUCACCAGACAGCAGGUGGAGGACUUCCACGGGCCGGAGGACUACUGGUGCCAGUGUGUGGCCUGGAGCCACCUGGGCACCUCCAAGAGCAGGAAGGCUUCUGUGCGCAUAGCCUAUUUACGGAAAAACUUUGAGCAAGAUCCUCAAGGAAGGGAGGUUCCCAUUGAAGGCAUGAUCGUGUUGCACUGCCGCCCACCAGAGGGCGUCCCUGCAGCUGAGGUGGAGUGGCUGAAAAAUGAGGAGCCCAUUGACUCUGAACAAGAUGAGAACAUUGACACCAGGGCUGACCAUAACCUCAUCAUCAGGCAGGCACGGCUCUCGGACUCUGGGAAUUACACCUGCAUGGCAGCCAACAUUGUGGCCAAGAGGAGGAGUCUGUCCGCCACUGUGGUGGUCUAUGUGAAUGGAGGCUGGUCUUCCUGGACAGAGUGGUCAGCCUGCAAUGUCCGCUGUGGGAGAGGAUGGCAGAAACGCUCCCGGACCUGCACCAACCCGGCUCCUCUCAAUGGUGGGGCCUUUUGUGAGGGAAUGUCAGUGCAGAAAAUAACCUGCACCUCCCUUUGUCCUGUGGAUGGGAGCUGGGAACUGUGGAGCGAAUGGUCGGUCUGCAGCCCAGAGUGUGAGCACUUGCGCAUCCGGGAGUGCACAGCACCACCCCCGAGGAAUGGGGGCAAAUUCUGCGAAGGUCUGAGCCAGGAGUCGGAGAACUGCACAGACGGGCUCUGCAUUCUAGAUAAAAAACCUCUUCAUGAAAUAAAACCCCAAAGCAUUGAGAAUGCCAGCGACAUCGCUCUGUACUCGGGCUUGGGUGCUGCCGUCGUGGCCGUUGCUGUCCUGGUUGUUGGGGUCACCCUCUACAGACGGAGCCAGAGUGACUACGGCGUGGACGUCAUUGACUCUUCUGCAUUGACAGGUGGCUUCCAGACCUUCAACUUCAAAACAGUCCGUCAAGGUAACUCUCUGCUCUUGAAUUCUGCCAUGCAACCAGAUCUGACCGUAAGCAGGACAUACAGUGGUCCCAUCUGUCUACAGGAUCCUCUGGACAAGGAACUCAUGACGGAAUCCUCACUCUUCAACCCUUUGUCAGACAUCAAAGUCAAAGUCCAGAGCUCAUUCAUGGUCUCCCUAGGUGUGUCAGAGAGAGCCGACUACCAUGGCAAGAAUCAUCCGGGGACUUUUCCCCAUGGAAACAACCGGAGCUUUACUACAAUGCAUCCCAGAAACAAAGCUCCCUACAUCCAAAACCUGUCAUCUCUCCCCACAAGAACGGAACUGAGGACAACGGGUGUCUUUGGCCAUUUAGGAGGGCGCUUAGUCAUGCCCAACACAGGGGUGAGCUUACUAAUACCACAUGGUGCCAUCCCAGAGGAGAAUUCUUGGGAGAUUUAUAUGUCCAUCAACCAAGGUGAACCCAGCCUGCAGUCAGACGGGUCUGAGGUGCUUCUGAGUCCUGAGGUCACCUGUGGCCCCCCAGACAUGGUCGUCACCACUCCCUUUGCACUGACCAUUCCACACUGUGCUGACGUCAGCUCUGAGCACUGGAACAUCCACUUGAAGAAGCGGACACAACAGGGCAAGUGGGAGGAAGUGAUGUCAGUGGAGGAUGAAUCCACAUCCUGUUACUGCCUUUUGGACCCCUUCGCGUGUCACGUGCUCCUAGACAGCUUUGGGACGUACGCCCUCACUGGGGAACCCAUCACAGACUGUGCCGUGAAGCAGCUCAAGGUGGCGGUGUUUGGCUGCAUGUCCUGUAACUCCCUGGAUUACAAUCUGAGAGUUUACUGCGUGGACAAUACACCUUGUGCAUUUCAGGAAGUGGUUUCCGAUGAAAGGCAUCACGGUGGGCAGCUCCUGGAGGAACCAAAGUUGCUGCAUUUCAAAGGCAACACCUUCAGCCUGCAGAUCUCUGUCCUCGACAUUCCUCCAUUCCUCUGGAGGAUUAAACCAUUCACCGCAUGCCAGGAAGUCCCGUUCUCCCGCGUGUGGAGCAGUAACCGGCAGCCCCUGCACUGUGCCUUCUCCUUGGAGCGCUACACGCCCACCACUACCCAGCUGUCCUGCAAAAUCUGCAUCCGGCAGCUCAAAGGCCAUGAACAGAUCCUCCAAGUGCAGACAUCGAUCCUAGAGAGUGAAAGAGAAACCAUCACUUUCUUUGCACAAGAGGACAGCACUUUCCCUGCACAGACUGGCCCCAAAGCCUUCAAAAUCCCCUACUCCAUCAGACAGAGGAUUUGUGCUACAUUUGAUACCCCCAAUGCCAAAGGCAAGGACUGGCAGAUGUUAGCACAGAAGAACAGCAUCAACAGGAAUUUGUCUUAUUUUGCUACACAAAGUAGCCCAUCUGCUGUCAUUUUGAACCUGUGGGAAGCUCGUCAUCAGCACGAUGGUGACCUUGACUCCCUGGCCUGUGCCCUUGAAGAGAUUGGGAGGACACACACGAAACUCUCGAACAUUUCGGAAUCCCAGCUUGAUGAAGCCGACUUCAACUACAGCAGGCAAAAUGGACUCUAGUCCACUUCCUCUCAUGAGACAGAGUGAUGGCCAGCUUUGGGACAUUUGCUUUAAAGAGGAAAGAAAGAGGCAGCUUUCUGCCCAGUGGCUGGGAAAUUCAGGCUUCCUUUACAAUCAGUGAGAUUCCCUGGUUGAAGAAAGUGAAUUUUUUGUAGGGAAAACAUUAACAGAGAAAGGUACAAGCUCCCGUUGAUCUAAGGGGGGGAUCUUCUAUCCCUUCUGAAUCCACACUUGGGUUAACACUGGGUGCACUCCUUGGGUUUGGAGUGGCAAAGAUAAAAGUGAGGGCAUAUCUAGAUAGAAGUAACUGUGGGAAAAGACGAGCUACUAUCAAACUGGGAAGGCAGAGAUGGAUUAAAUGCAUGUUUUGAAACAGGUUUUUAAUGAUGUGCCCCAACGGGCCAGCUUAUUCUGCUACCAGAUUGUCAGCAUUUUCUACCAACUGACAUCUGUGAUGUUGGAAAUCAUUGUAAAAUUGACUUUUAGAAGUGAAACAGAGUUGCCAACCUGUUUGUAGGACUUCAACAAUGUCAAGGAGGGCAUAUAGAAUAUAGAUCUGAGUAUAUCACACCAGCACCAAUUUCUUGUCUAUUCUAGACGUGUACUGGAGAUGAGAUUAAGAGGGAAGAUAGACCACCAACUAGCUCUUGUAGUGUACCCCACCUUCAUGUCUCCCCCUGGAGACAAAUCUACCCACAUUCUUCCCUAAUAUGGUAGAGAGCUUUUAAGGAGCAUCAUUUCACUUUUCCUUAUGGAAAUUUAUUUCUCCUAACUCAACAGAAAACACAGCCAUCUCUGUUCCCAGCUAAGCCACUCAAGUUACAGAAUGCUAUUACAACACAACUUAUUACAUAUGCAGAGGCAGGACAGGUCAAACUAGGUCCAAGGAAAUACAUGAAUUACAGAUGUCAGAGGCCUCAAAUAAGCCAAAAUUCUAGGAGGCAAGUGUCUCUCUGGUUCUCCAACAUUAUUGUUCUAAGGGAAUUAAGACAUUUACUGUACUUUUAAAUCUGGGUUCUUGAAAUUUUCUAACCUUUUGGUACUAUGUCAUCAUAAAAUCUCUCCAUAGGGCUAUAGGUCAUCCUCUUUUGUGUUUUGGGGGAAUUAUCAGAUAGUCCAUGUUCUAAAUGAUAUCCAAGUAAGCAGACCUGAGUAAUACCUCUACCACAGUAUACCAGAAAACACAUGCUUUGUUCAGGAAGCCCUCAAGCUCUGACUGCUCAACCUCACCAAUCAUGUUUUUUUCUAUGAAACCGUCCUAAUUCAUGCUUCUUUUUGUUCAAAUAAGAGGCAGUUGUAUUAUAGAGAGCUGAAAUCCAGAUAAUUUGUGACUUUGAUCUUAACACCGUAUCUUUUCAGCCUAUUCAAGUCAUUUUUGGCAAAAUGUCCAGGUAGACUAGAUAAACAGAUAUGUUCCUGUUCCUCUUCUGGUGGGUGGCUUGGUUGGCUGUCCACAAUCAGGACAACCAAAAUUAAAGAUCUAAUUUGAUCACAAAGCAGCUCAUCUGCUGCUUUAGACGUUGGCUGUAUUUGAAUAAAAUAAGAGUAGUCCUAGAAUGGAGGCUCUGGAGAACACUUGGCAGUGGGAAAUCCCAUAAAUUUAAACAUUGUUGUAGAUCACUUGUUAAAAUUAUGAAACUUCACCCAAGUUAAAAAAGAAAACACUUAAAGAUGGGUUGAAUUUAUGAUGCCCUGGAUGGGCAUUGAAGAACUCUAGAAUUGUGCUGGCUAUUUUCUAUAGCUAGCGUGUGGUAUGAUACAGUCCCAAUAUCAGAUAAAAGGCUUUGGCACAAGUAAUUCAAAUGCAUCUUCCUUUUCUCAGGAUCCAAAGCCUUACUAUAUAGAACCACCCAUCAACUUAGAACUGUCAAGCAUAUUUUCAAAAUACCAUGUCAAGAUCAGAAAAACAUCCCUUUGCUAGGGUAUUCGACUUAUAAGGAACAAUCGAGUGAAAUGGAACUCAUUUGACAUGGCUGAUAAAAUGUUUGUAAGAGAAAGAGCUAGAAGUCAAUGGACAAUCCCUUGCAAUAAAUUAGAAUUAGUUGGCAUCAGCGGUAUGCAGAAGGUAUCUGUGUUACCUGUUGAAUAAUAGUUUAUAUAAAAUUUAUUGAAUCAUAUUUUAAUAUCCAUCUUAGAGGCUUUUUGUUUUAAACCACGCUAUUACCUUUUUCUCUCUGAGCUUCUAAUUGAUUCCACACAGAUCCUUUUUAGAUCUUUGAUACUUUAAUACUUUUUAAAAUGAAAAAUUUAAAUAAUUUCCCCUCCGAUCUAUCAAGAUUAUUUUAAAAUGAGAUUAUUGUCAAUCUCUGAAUAUCUAGGAUUUCCUUCCAGGAUUUAUAUCUGGCCUGGGUUUUAUAAAUGCAUUUAAACAUCACAUCACAUAGAGUAACAAAGGAAAGAAAGAAAUUGACAUAUUUCACCUCCAAUUUCAGCCCAACAUUUAAUCAAAUUCAUCUUUAAGUCUCAUUUGCAGCUUUUUUUACAUUUCUCUUAUGAAAUAUAUGAAAUUCUAUGGUCAUUGUAUGGCAAGACUAUGCAGUACUUAACAAUAGUCUCAAAGAGAACCCAUGUUUGUGACUUACAGACCACGGUGGAGGUAGAGACUGAAAAUCAAAGACUUACCUCACACUUGAACUUGUGGUUAUGCACAGUGACCUAAAAACUGUGGUAUUACAAUAUUUGCGUGUCAACAUACAUGUCUUUUGUUGAAAGAGAGUUGCUUGUCAUUACAAGCACUUAAUUUGGAAGUCUUAGUGCAAAAAUGAAGCAAAAAUUAAAAGUGACCUUUAAUGCUUGGCAGGUUACUUAAAAUUUUUUACAAAAUAUCCCACUUACCAUUGAAUCUUUUAAUACUCAAAGAAAUUUAAGUCAUAUAGUCAUGCUUUAAAAAUGACUUAAAAUUAUGCCAAAAUGGCUCACUUCACGGCUUCACAAGACUGAAGCAUCAUAAAGAUAAUUUACAGCCUUUACAACAUGGCUUGUGCAGUCUUAUGGGUUUACAUUAAAAUCCUUUAAGCCAAAAGGAAGCUCGCUCUAUGGAUUUAAAUGCAAACUUCAUUUACCAGUGCAGGAAGUCUCAUAAAACUCAGAUGUACUCCCACAAAAUUUUUAUUGUCCUUUUUGUAAGAGAUGAAAAGGAAUUGACACAGUUCUUUUUAAAGAGGGGCACUUUUCUCUUUUUAUUAUUUUUUAUCUUCAACAGCAGAGGUAUUAUCCUGUGCCACAGUCCCUUUAUUUUCAGUUGACUUUGAGAGGAAAUAUUAAGUCAGAUCGCUUAACCAGAGUUCUCUUUGGAUUAAAAAUGUGAGCUUAAUUGCAAUUUUGGAUGACCAAAAUUGUCAACCUAGGGAUUGAUAAGCAAAAGUAGAAUAUUCAACUGGUAGAAAUGGUUUUAAGUAGUAUUCUACACUUGCCUAACUUUUGGCAAAUUUACCUGUGAAUUUCAAAAUAUUGUAACAUCUUUUGACUUGCUUCUCACCCCUCUCCCCCUUUUUGGUCAUUUUCACUUCAAUUUCUUAGUCUCUCUGCCCUCUGCAGAUUUGUUGAAUGACAUAGCUACCAAAUGUGGUGAAGCUCUCUCAGAGGGUUUGUCCCAGCUCUGUAGAGACCACAGAAGCCAAGAAGGAGCUAAGAGAAACCAGUCUGGCUGGCCCAUUGUGUGGCCCAUUUUCAUUACGUUUCCUCAUGAAACAUUGCAGAGUUUGAAUCCUUAGUAACUCCCAUUGCCUGGCCUGGAGGUGGCAGCCACAGCAAAUGGGAGUGCAACAUGUUGGCCUACAGAUAGUGACAAAAUCUUAUUAGCCCUUUGGUGUUAGUUGCCCUAGCGCUGUAUUUGAAAAUUGAUGCUUUAGCCAAAAGCUGAAUGGCCACCGUUUCUGUAGUUUCCACUGUUUUUGUCUGCAUAGAAUUUUCCUGAACUACAAGCAAAAAUGUAUUUUGUCAAAUGUCACAAAAGUGAAAAUGUUACUAAUCUUAGAUGUGUUGCAUAUUUUGUGUUUUUCCUUUCCAAACUCUUUCGAAAGCUGCAGUUACAAAGCUGUUUGGCUGUAUUGACAGCAUGUGGUGUUUUUGCAAAAGCAAUUCUAGGAGAGCCAGUGUCUACGCGGACUCCUCACAUCCCUGCAAUGGGGUCGAUGACAAUAUUGAAAUAGCCAUCUGUGUGCUCUGACUUUUCAAAAAGAAAGAGAGAAGGGGAUGGGAAUUAGACCUGGCCGUUAGUCACUAGUGUGUAGUGCUGUGAUCUGAAGUAGGAACUUUAACUCACAUAGAAUAAUUGUGGUUUUUGAAGCAGCUACUCAUUGCUUUUUCCUUUUGCUGUGAACAUCUUGGAUUCGGAAUGUCCUCAUGAGGUGGGCCUGAGACAGUAACAUUGGAACUUCAUGUCUCAGAACCCACCUACUCCAUUGGAACCCAGUGAUUAAAAAGGCAGGAAGCUUCAUGGAUUAGGAUUAAACUUCCCUUCCCUACUCCCGAUAUUCCGUUCAGCAUGGGGUAUGUCGGUCUUCCCCAAACGUUAUAGCUUCAAAUAAUAGAUUUGAAUAGAUUCACCACAAUUGGUAACAUGUUCUUUGCAUGAAUGGCAAUACCUGUCAAAAUUCUUUUACAAAAGGCACGAUUACAACAAAAAUGCCCUUUGCCUCCACUUUUACUAACCCUUAGGUAUUUCCCUUACGUCAAGCAAUUAUUUACCUACAAAUUCCAAAAUUGAACAAGUUAUGCAAUUUCCUUAAAAUUAUCCAGGGUAGAGAUUGAACUGUGGUUCUGAUGAAUCAUCACAGGAGAGGUGAUGUUCUAGGGGAGUUUGGAAGAGUAUCAUGCUUAUGACCCCAUUACUGACACUACAGCUGGUAAUUCUGAUGCUGCUCCAGUCGAGAGCUCUGAUGAUAGAGAUGGAAAUCACCAGCAGGCAGCCAUGUAGGCCGCAGCAGAGGGUAAGGGAAAACAUCUCUUCAGAAGCACUCCCCAAGGUUUAGCCUGGCAUCCACGGGCCACUCCCAUUCAACAUUUCUCCCUAAAAAGAUGGGGAAGAAUAGGCACUGUGGCAAUUUUUUUUGUCUUUGUUUUUUGGGGGUCAGGCAAUGGGUUUUUUCCUUUGCUGAACUGGAAUAAAGACAUAGAAUUUCCCAUUCUUCAUAACUGUUUCUGAUUGGUACAUGCAACCCAGUAAUUCUUGACCUAAAAAUAUUUCAGUCAUAAGCAUUUUUGACCCAAACUCAAAAAACUAAGUUGUGUGUAACCACCACCACCACCCCCCACUUUGUAUAUGGAAGAUUUCAAAAACAGAUUUCAUUUCGUUCUGUUUAUUUUGGGAAGGUGCGUGGGGGGUGUUUUUUCAAGUGAUUCAUAUAUCAAACCCAUACCACUCUCCACUUUGAUUUGAUGUGUUCAAAGCCAAAAAAGAAGACACAACAGCAGGGCUGAACACUUAAUUUGACAUGAAGCUGAAGGAGUGAGCAAGCCAGAGGAGAGAGUGUGAAGAAAGCAUGGCCUUGGCUUCAUACCACACUUUUUGUGCCUUGUAUUAUCAAUGUAAAUUCUGAAUGUUGUACAGUAAAUCCUCGAAUGGACUUCUUAGAGAACGCUGCACUGGCUUCUUUUUCAGCACAUGUACAUAUCUAUAAAUAUAUAUACAUAUAUAUUUGGUAAUGCCAAACAGCUGUGUUAUAUUGUAUUGAACAAAAUGGACGGUUUGGAUGUUUUAUGUAAGUUUGCAAAAAAAAAAAAAAAAACUGGAUGGUUACGGACUUUUCAAGAUAAAUGUACAGACGUCAAUUACUGCAUAUCAGUUAUUUAUGAAUAAAGAGUCUUUUAUUGACAUUU